CUAGUACCGAUAUUAUGUACAAACGACCCAGAUUCAGCAUUCUACUCAUCUGACCUGAUUGUACAUUUCCAUCCUGCUGUUAUCUCCGAGUCCGAGGUGCCGGAGUUACUCGGUCUGAGAAGUCGCUCUUUUGUCUUGCCAAUCAUCGUUUAUAGGCAGUUCUCUUGCAAUCGUUAUCUUUCCCUCAUCCAUCUUACUACGGAGAAGUUCAUCAUCUCAAUUGGCGCGCCUUACAAUCUCCCAUCAGCCGUCCACUCAAACCUGCCUCAGAAUGACUUCUAGUCCGCAUCACAUCAUCGUGCUUGUAGUACUUUUGCUCGUUAGCUCUAGCUUGGCGUUGCCACCAGGACCGACACCACCACCGGAUUGUUGUACAAAGGAGCGGCCUGACUGCUGUUAGAAGUGAUCCCAGUGGCACCAGUUCUUUACUUGAAUGUUUGAAUCUAGUGCCUCUUGUUCUUGUCCCUAAACUAGUUUCUCAUACAUGUCUUGAACCUCUUGGAUCACCUCUCUAAUUGAGCAGAAUUCCUCACAUGAUAGUGUUUCCGUCUCUGUGUUAGAGGACCCCAGCUUGCAGAGCUUAUCUUCUCGAAAUCUACUUCAUAUCUUCUUCAGUGCUUUUGAUUCAGUUUGGGUUGUCAGUCAUGAUAAUCAGUUGCUCCAUUUUUA